CCGGUAUUGGGUCAGGUGUAACAACUACCACAGCGUCAGAUAACAGUAAUCCCACCGCCCAGAAUCAUCACCAACAACAGCAACCGAAACACUCUCAUCAACAUCAAAACCGAACAAAGUCCAUAAAUUCAGACAAUAACUAUUCAAACCAAGAUAAUGUUAGUACUAUGGAUAAUGAUGAAGCAUUUGUUAAUAAUGAAAAUAUUAAAAGUGACCUUGGCUCUAUUGAUCGAUCCUCUUUAUUUGGGACACCAAGAACAGAUUCAAAUUCUACUGGUUGUUCAUAUGAAAGAACAUUUAAUCCACAAAUAACUCAUAAGAAUGAUAAUUUAUUACAUUCUUCAUGUACUUGUAUACAAAAGCAACAAAAAAGAGACUAUUCACAAUCGACUUGUUGUUAUCAUCGAAAUUAUCAUGAUCAAUUGGUAGAUGGGAAUAUAUCUUCUCAAUUAGAUUCAGAACAACUUAGUGCAACAAAUUCUCAAGUAAGCAGUGGAGUUGGUUCAAUGACUUCAUCAAACGCUGGUAGUGGUUGUAAUUGUACCGGUACAGGAUUAAACAAUACAAAUAUAAAUGUUUUAGAGAAUGCCAGUGGUAAUGUUAGUAGCAAUAUCUGUGUUAAUACAUUACCUAGAUUUGCUCAAGGUGACAAUUCAUCCAAAUUAACUAAUGAUUAUCCAAAUAAUUCACAAGUAUUCAAUGAAGAUGAUAAUAACAUAUCAAUAAUGUGGAGAAAGUAUUAUAAAUCAUAUGGUUAUUGUUCACCGUGUAACAACCAAAGUGAAACGUUUUAUCCUGAAAUAUUCAAUUCCGAGACGGAGUGUUAUUCAAAUACACCAGCAACUGUAUUAAAUGGUUUCUCUUCCACUGUUUUCCCUGUUCCACCUUCCAUUUCAACAUAUCAAUACCACCAUAAUCCUCAUCUUCAUCAUCAUCAUCAUCAUCAGCAGCAAUGUCAUUCACAAAAUAACCUUGACUUAGUUAUGUCAAGUUCAAAUCAUAAUAAUGAUGAAAUGCACUUUUCUCCUCACAGUUAUGUUCAUUCAAGUUCAUCUAAUUCAUCACCAUUCAAUUCAAAUCGUCCACAUUCUGUUGAAACAUUUUCGCAUAAUAAUAUAACGAACAAUCGUUUAUUUGACCAUAGACGAUAUACACAUACUUCAUUACCUACUAGAAAUAACAAUCAUGUUAAUGAAAUGAAUAAUACUAUAAACCAAACUAAUCCACAGCAUCCAUACAAUAUAUGUCUUUCUUCUAUAAAUAAUAAUAAUCAACGUGAUAUGAAUAGUAAUAUGAUUUUGAAGAGACAUUCUAUUACUGAUGAUCGAUGUCAUGUAAAUGGAACAUGGUCUACUAAUGCAAAUAAUGGUAAUGCUAAUCAUCAUUAUUGGUCACAUCCAUAUUAUACUAAUCAACAGUCUAUAGGAAAUCAAAUUCCUAAUUGGUUAAAUAAAUCUGGAUUAACAUCAUCAUCAUCGUCAACACUGACAUCGACAUCACUAACAGAAGCUAUGAGAACACAUAAUUCAUCAAAUAGUUUAUGUGUAACAUCAAGAUUUAAUGAUUCAAUAAACUAUUAUCAAGAAUAUCCUAAUUGUUGUCAACCAACAAUAAAUUCAUUUCAAAUAAAUCAAUCUUCAUUAUCCCCAAUUAUGUCUACAAAAACUUCUGCAAAACAACACUCUAAAUUAUCUUGGACAACAGAUGAUAAUUAUUCCGAAUAUCUUAAUUCAAAUCAUUCACAAAAUUCAUAUAUUCAAUCUAAUCGUUUGAUUAACAUUAAUCAUUCUAGUAAUAAGGACAAUUUAAUUGAAAUAGAUCAUAAUAAUCGAACAAAUAUUCAAGGGAAUUGUAAUUCUGAAUUAAAUUGUUGUUAUACAAAUUUUCAGAAUAAUACAACACAAUUGGAAAAUAUAAAUCAUAUAAAUACUAAUCCACUACUCAUUUCGUUAACUUCAUCUCAAUCAUUUUUGAUGAAUUCAUUCAAUACAACAUCCAUAACAACAACAACAACAUCUGAACAAACUCCUUAUUCAUCUUAUCAUUUAACCUCAACUUCAAAUAGAGUUCAUCAAAUAAAUCAAAGAGGUGUUGAACAAAUAAAUAAAAUGAACAAUUUACAUUCAUCCACAAUAGCUUCAGUGACAGCUUCUGCAACAACAACAACAACGACAACGUCUACAGUCAGUAGUUAUCAGAAUUUAAAAGAAAGAGAAGUAUACAAUUUCCCCGUACCAAAUUCUAUUCGUACAUAUAUUAAUCCAUUUCAUUCAUCUAGUUCAUUGUACAGUUCUUUCUUACAAUCAGUUUUUGAAGAACCAACAUACACAUCAUCAUCAUCAUCGUCAUCAUCAUCGACAUCAUCAUCACCAUCUCCAUCCUUAUUAUUAUCAUCGUCAUCAUCAACUCAUCUCGGUCAUUUUAAUCAAUUAUUUGUAAAUGCUGAUCCUAUAAGUAGUAAUCUAGUUGUCUGUAAUAUGUCAACUAUGGAUACAGAUUGUACACCAUUUGAUUCAUCUAAUUAAAAAUAUAUUGUAUAGUUAUUUCAAUAAAAAUGUGAUAAUACAGUAUAUCAAUUAUGAUCACAAUCAUUUUUUGUUGUUGUUGUUGAUAUAUUGAUAAAAACUGGUGAAAAAUGAAAUCAUCCUUCUAAUUCUUAUUUACUUUCUUUCAAUUUCACAUUUUUUUUGUUGCUGUGAGUUAUCAAUGAUAAAGUUUUAUGUUUUUGCAAACUAGUCAGUAUAGUUUGUAGCAUUUGUUGUUGUUGUUGUUGUUGUUGGUGGUGGUGGUGGUGGUUUAUUAUUAUUUCAUAUCCUUUAAUAGUAUCAGAAUUAAGUUAAAAAACUAUACUCUCUUUAAUAAUUGUAUAUUAUUAAAAUUGAAGCCGGUGUCAUUUCUACACCUUCAUUCAUACUAAUUGUAUUAUUCGUUAAAGGAAAUAAAAGCGCCAUUUUUUUCCGUUAUUUUUUAUUUCUAAGCAUUAUUUAUUACUUGUUUUUAUCACUCAUAGAUACUUUAUUAUCGUCUGAAAAUUAGCUUAUAAAUAAUUCAGGAGAACAAAAGGCAUAUGUAUUUAUUGAAUGCGUCGUUUAUUCUGUCGUUGUUGUUGUUGAUGUUCUUGUUUAUUUUACUUCUUUUUCCACCUACUUGUAUAUCCGGUCAUAGAAAUGUAUUGACUUUUGAGUCUUCAUUGUUUUCAUUUCAAAAUCUUCAUGAUUUUUCUAUUCUUUCUUCUUUCUUUUUUCAAAUGAAAACAUUUUGCUAAUUAUCUCUUAUAACUGAUUAUUUAAUUAAAUUAUUCAUUCAUCAAUUUAUUUUAAUCAUCCAUUCAAAAGUUUACAUUGAAAAUAACACAAGAAAACUAAAGUUUAAACAAACAAACUAACUAACUAACUAAUAACAAUCAAGAAAUAAUAGUUACUAUGCUGAAUUAAAACCAGAAUUUGUUUUCUUUUUGUCAUUCAAAUCAUCUGUAAUUAUAAAUUUAUUUUCCAAGUUUCAUAUUUAUGUUUUCUUUCU